AUGCUUGUGGGUCUAUUAUUUCUGGUGCUUGGAGCUGUUGCGCAGCCUCCUCCUCCGAGGAGGACAAACGAGCCGCAACCUUCCACCUUGUUCGCCGCAGCGAAUUGGUCGCCUCCUCCUCAAACCCCUGAGAAUUACUCCUCUCGCACUCCAUCUCCUGAUUACAUUGAUUUGCGCACUCCAUCUCCCGACAGUAGGCCAUCUUCUGCGGCUAUAAGGGAGUUUCUGCGAACCCCAGAUGACUUCUUUGUCAGACGCCCUCCAUCUCCCGACAGUCGGCCAUCUUCUGCGGCUGUAAGGGAGUUUCUACGCACACCAGAUGACUUCUUUGUCAGAGGUCCUCUGUCUGCCAACAGUCGACCACCUUCUGCAGCUGAAAGAGACUCUCGGUGGGCACCGUCUCCCUCAUUUGACAGACCGCCAUCCCCUAACACCUUAGGGAACUUCUUAAGAGAAUACGGAGUGACAUCGAGGAACGUAGAGGCUCUAGACCUGGCAGAAUCUUCAAGGCCUUCCACUUCCUACUCUCCAGCUCCAUAA